AUGCGCUUCCCGUCGUUUGAGGAUACCUUCGUCACUCGCGAAGACAGCGCAACAAUGCCUCAAUCACCGAACUCGCAGUCGCUAAUGACCGGCCUUCAGCUAUGCCUCGCUCACUACUGUGACCAACAUGGCCCGACCCCGCUCAUGGUCACCGAGGGCCUACCCGUUCCAUGCACCACAUGCUAUGAUGAUGGCGCUGCCGGUUAUGCCGAUCAGGACCAGCUCCGACCCCGGACCAGCGCCCCGGCGACAACAGGAUCUCUGAACCAGACUAUGGCCAUGUCCGAUGCCCUGCGCAACAUGCACCUCAACGCCCAUCGCAGCUCGUCUCUGCCCGCCUCCGAGAAUGAAGCUCAGGUCCAGCGCGCCGCCAUGCUUCGUGCUUCCGCCGCCAACUCCCCGGCCUCGCCACUGUCGCCUUCGGCCAUCGAGACUCCACCCGAUAGCCCCCGCCGCAUAUCAGAGCAGCAACCACAGCCACGACGCGACUCGAGUUUCCGCCGAACCUACGACGAAUAUGUCACAAAACGUGCCGGCCCUUGCGACAACUGUGCGUUGACACUGCCUCAGCGACAAGGAGGUAAAGACAAGACCGAUAUGAAAGCCGAGCGCGGCCCUACCUUGCGCACUCGCGCGCCUUACGCGAGAGUGUACGGGCAAUCAUCACCACCAGCUUCGCAAACCUCGUCUGCUAGCGAUACCGACGGUGAAAGCCAGCCUGAGCGAAUACAUCGACGAGCAACGGGCUCCUCCACGACACGAUCUAGCAUGUCUUCAGGGAGACACACGAGCCAUACCCACUACCUCGACUAUACCUCAACUCACGAGCCCCUCAUCGCGACUUCCUUCUCUAUCGUGCGGUCCUCGUGUCUGCGCACCUUGUCACUGGAGACACUCCCUCGUGCGCCCGCCAAUCUCACACCGAGCGCUUCGCCACAGUCAAGCAACAUGCCUGCCUUCGUCACGACACAUAGUGCUGGAGCUGCAGCCUCCGGGGGCCCUAUCUUCUUCGGAGACCCCGUCAACGGGUACACGACAGCCUACAUAUUCCGCAUCCCGGAUAUGCACGCCCGAGGUCACAAGCGUGUGUAUGCCUUCCUUGCACUGAGCACACACAAGGAGCGGCUGGCCAUGAAAACAUUUGGAUUCAUGGCUACCGCCUUCCGCGAUCUCGCCUCCUGGAUCCAACAACUGGCAGAAGCCGAAGCAGAAAAGGCGGCCGAGGCCAGCCCAGUGGGAGGCCCGCAACACCACAGCUCUUAUCAUACCAUCAACAGACCGGAUAGAGAGGGACCCGACCGUGGUGGCAGCAGCUUCCUCACUGGAGGCGGCGGCUUUUCAAGACGGAUGGGAGGCGGCCCCGGCGGGGUAUCUCUCAAGGCGCGUGGCCUUGCCGAGCUCGUCGGCAUGCCUGAUUUUUUCAUUGAUCUACACGCCAAGUUCGUCAAGCUUAUGCUUGAGCUCGGCGUUGUGCUGAGCUCAUAG